AUGAUUUUCGUCGGUUUGAAAAUUAUUCUAUUCUUCGAGCAUAACCACCCUGACAAUAUUCCUUAUUGUUUCCUAAAGUUACAAUUGCUAAAUGGGCGGAUUGCGCCCAAUUUCAAAGGAGAUUUAUAUUUGAAAGUGCCGAAAAUCAGUCCUUCCAAACACUGGUCAGCUAAAGAGCUCACUCUACUUUGUCUUGCUGGAGCUGCUAAGCAGCUUGAGAGAAGGUAUGUUAAAUCUGAUGGAAAGAGGUCCUUAAAGUUCUUGCUUGGUUUUGUUAUUGCAACUGGGAUAGUUGAGAUCCUUUCCAUGGUUUUGGUGUGGCUUUAUUUCAUUAAAAGCCGGCAAAUGAUAGCUGCAACUUCUGAAGAAUACGUUCUUGCUGCUACUGGCUUCAGAAGAUUUAGCUACUCAGAACUGAAAGAAGCAACAAGAAAUUUCAUCGAAGAAAUUGGUAGAGGAGCUACUGGAAUAGUUUAUAAAGGGGUAUUAGCAGAUCAAAGAGUUGCAGCAAUCAAACGAUUAAACAAUGCAAGCCAAGGAGAAGCUGAAUUUCUAGCAGAAGUAAGCACUGUUGGGAAGCUUAAUCACAUGAACUUAAUAGAGAUGUGGGGUUACUGUGCAGACAAAAAGCACAGGCUUUUGGUCUAUGAGAAUAUGGAGAAAGGAUCAUUGGCUAAAAACCUCUCUUCCAUGGAACUUGAUUGGGAAAAGAGGUUCAAAAUCGCAUUGGGCACUGCUAAAGGGCUAGCUUAUUUGCAUGAAGAAUGCUUGGAGUGGGUUCUGCAUUGUGACGUAAAGCCACAAAAUAUACUAUUGGAUGCUAAUUAUGAACCUAAAGUAUCAGAUUUUGGUCUAUCUCGGCUACUAAGCAGAGGUCACGAGCUUCACAAUUCAAGCUUCUCAAAGAUAAGAGGAACAAGAGGUUACAUGGCUCCAGAGUGGAUCUUUAAUCUGCCCAUCACCUCCAAAGUGGAUGUCUACAGCUAUGGGGUGGUGGUGUUAGAGAUAGUGACCGGAAGGAGCCCAUCAAUGGAUGGCCAUGAUGCUGAAAAUGGUUGUGGAGUGGCGGAGAACAAAAGGGCAGUCGAAUGGGUGAGGGAGAAGAAACUUGAAGCUUCUCCAAGUAGUUGCUGGGUUGAAGAGAUCAUAGAUCCUGCCAUCGGAGUGGACUAUGAUAAAAGAAAAUUGGAAGUUCUUGUGGGAGUGGCAUUGAAAUGCGUGGAGGAAUGCAAAGAUGAUAGGCCCACCAUGAGCCAAGUGGUUGAGAUGCUUCAAAAGCUUGAAAAUGAUCAUUAA